AUGGCGGAUGGAAGAUGGUUAUGGUUUGUUGCUGUUUUUAUCCGUUUCUGUUGGGUUUGCAUCCCACAAAGGGGCUAUAUUUACCCUGAUGAGUUCUUUCAAGCUACAGAAAUCACUGCUGGAGAUGUUAUGGGAUUUAAACACACGAGAACGUGGGAGUGGCUCGAAAAUUUUCCCGUGCGUUCUCCAGUCUUUCCCUAUAUCUUCACGAGCAUUCCCUUUUACAUCGUAAAGAUGGUUGUAGCUGCCGGAAAUAUCACCUCAAGAACUCUUAUUGUAGCUCCAAGACUUUUUAUGACGGUCGCAUCUCUUUUCAUCGAUUACACAGUUUAUAAAAUUUGUCAACAUCUCAGUACGGACCCAACUCCUUCACUUUGCCUGUUUAGCACGUCUUUCGUGACGCUGGUAUUCUAUACGCGGACAUUUUCUAACAGCGCGGAAGCUGUCGUAUUUGCAGCCUUGCUGCUGCUGGUUAUUUCUUCCGUUUCAAACAGGAACAUUUUCCGAUCAGGAAGGGACCGCGUGCGGACCUUGUUGAUGGGGUUGCUUCUGACUGUAGGAUUUUGGAUCCGUCCAACAUUUUUGGCCUUUGCUUUUACACCCUUACUUUGGUGGGUCAUUGAUAUUUUCACCUUUAACUGGUCAAUUGAAGCAAAGACCUUUACUGCGGUAAAAGAGGUUUUAAAACAGUGCACUUUAGUUGGUCUUGGUAGUUUUCUGAUGCUUACUAUAUUGACCUUAGUUGAUUCUUUCUACUUUGGGUACUUACAGAAAAAAGAAAUUGUUCUUACUGCACUCAACUUUAUCUUAUACAACCUAGACACAGGUAGGGUAAAAGAUCAUGGUCUUCAUCCAAGGAUAACGCACUUUGCUGUAAACCUGCCAUUGUUGUUUGGACCUAUGGCAUUUGCUUUCUACAUGAUGAUUGCCCAUACUGUGCUUAAAAGGAAGUUUGCAGACUACCUUAAAGUUUUAUUAAGCAGAAGAAACCCUAGCAAGAGUAACGGCGUACUUGUUGACUAUAAAACACUUUUUAUCUGGAGCUUGCUGCUGUGCAGUAUUGUCGUUUCUAUAGCAUUGUUGUCAUGGAUACCUCACCAAGAACCACGGUUUAUCACUCCAGUUCUCCUUCCAUUGGUCAUACUCUUUUCAUGGUGUUUGACGGCAUCUUCCUUUGCACCCCUGAUAAUGCUUUCUUGGAUUAUCUGGAAUAUAAUUGGCUGUAUUAUGUUUGGAAUACUGCAUCAAGGGGGAGUUUAUCCAUCCAUGGCACAUCUUCAACAGUAUCUUCAGAAUGCAAGGAGUCAGCAAAACUCUGCUGUAGCAUAUCAAGUGACUUUUUAUCAUACUUACAUUCCUCCUCAGCAUCUUUUAGCCUGGCCAAUGUCUCGUGAACACGAAGGGGACUCACUUCACAGCUUAAUGGUUCUUGAUUUAAAAGGAAGCUCAAAGGAUACUCUGGUGAAACAUUUGGAAAAGCUUAUCCAUGAGGAGGCUAAAAUGCAUGGAAAAAAAUUUGAGGUAAGAUAGUCUCUCAUAGGAGACUAAAAGUAAUGAUUGGGGGUGAAUACAGAAGUGAUUGUGAGGUUGAGUAAUCAAAUCCCAGGGUUUUUUUUUUAUGUAUUGGUUUCAGUUUGGAGAGGGACUUAAACCUGGGUAUCACCGUUGUGGAUCUGUUGCACUCAAAGGUUGGCACAUAUUAUGCAACAAGUUGCAUAAACACAACCCAGCAACAAAUCACUUUUUGUGCUGGAGAAUUUUUGCAAGAAUUUUGUAGCCCUGACAAGUCGCAUAAAAUCAAAUCAGUUUCAAUUUGUGAAGCUUGUUGCAACAUGUUACCAUUAUGACGCAUUAGUGCGAUGUGUCACCCAGUGUGUGCUGACCAUAACAGUCAUCCCAACUACAUCUCCUGCAUCACUGGGCAAUUCCAGAAAAUAUCCAUACUAUACCACGGGCGGCUUUUCAAAUUCCAAGGGCAAUGGGGGGCUCUUUGAACUGGAAAUCGAAAGGCAUGGGGAGAUACAUUGUACUUAUGAUUGGAAUUCCAAAGUCAUGGGGGGUUUAGGUCUGGAAUUUCCACAGGAGACAGACAAGAGUGUAUUCCUUGAAUACACUUAAUAUGUUAUUUACUUAAUCAGUUCACAAAAAAGCAUGAACUGGUAACACAAGAUACAUUAGCAACGUCCGUCAAUCAUGCAUGUUUUGAAUUCAUGUUUAUUUGUAGAAGAAAUCGGAGAAACUGACAAAAUGUGGGUUGAACGUCAUGCUCCAGAGGCCUUCAUGCCACACGACGUCACUUUAGGGACUUAAAGCAGCCACUGGAGGCAGUUUAGAAGAGGCCAGAAGUAGCCACGAAGGAAUGGGUUGAGGCUGCCACCAUUUGUCACAAAUUUAGAAAGUUAAGCUGCAUAGCAGAUGCGGGUGCCAAAUUGUUUUGGUUUGUUUUUGUUUUUGUAGCUCAGUUUGACUUUAUAGAUGUUUGUCUCAGUUUUAACAAAACUUAAUGGCAACCUUUCAAGAAGUCAGAGACCUCUUAGCUGUGGCAGCUUCAAAGAUAUCAUAGAUGAGGUCAAGAUUGAAUUUCUUUUACUCUACGAUUUGAACACCUCCAAAAAUCUUGAUUAAUGAUUUUGAACCUUACAAUGAUUACAGACGAUGUAUGUCCGAGUUGAUUUUUUCGAGAUGGAUGCUAUAAAGACUCACAAAUAACAUUAUCACAAUAUAUUUCUACACAAAGGAGUCAUUUACCUUAAGUCGGUUUCGAUUCAGGGAAAACAUGAAAUUUAACUCACCCACUUUGUUUACAUGUCUCUUGAUCUCCCGCUUCAGCUGCCACUACGUUUUAACUUAUACAGCUGUUUACAGUUGUAAAAUAAAAAUUAGUCAAAUAUUUGCCAUUGAAAUGCAAAAGUGAUGGCUAAUGAACACUUAUUUGGCUAAAUGAGGAAAAUUCUUCGCAUUUAAAAUAGCAAAACUUGAAGGAUAAGCUGCCAUCUGUCGAGGCAAUCAAACCAUCCUUUUUUGCCUGAUGCUACCUGAGGUCGAUGCGGAGUGAACAUCAAGCAAAUAUGCUGAUUAGCUCAAAGAUGUGAAAUUUUCCUUCUGGUUGGCCUCCUCUGUGCCACCUCCAGUUGUUGCUUAAGGUCUCUUUAUCUCUCAUCAAAACAGCUUCAUAAAUUAUUUUGUGCAUUCAGUGUGAAACAUGGUCUUUUCACCAAGGAUGCCAUUUUAUCUUUUGAAGCUUGAGUGAUUGGGAGCAGGUGCUGACCCCGAAGGCUCAAUUUCAUGAUAGCUAAAUGAAAAAGCUCUUGAUCGUGCUCUUGAUCGUACUAUCUUCCAAGUGUACACACGUUCAUGGCAAGAUAUUCUUAUUUUUAUCUUUUGUACCAGUUUGGGGUAAUGUAAAGUUUAUAUAUCUGUUGAACAGCUUUAACAAAGAAACUUUAUUAUUAUUAUUAUUGUUAUUUGAUUCCAGAAUGUGUGGAGUUAUAAUGACCUGCAAAGACUCCCGCUGUAAUCAACUCCACUGAACAGAAGUAGAGUCAUUUGAAAUAAUUUUGCAUCAAAUCAGAGCCAAACUGGGCAUAAUUGUGAACCCUGUUCGUUAUUCAGGAGGAUUUAAAGAAAAAAUGGAAAAUCCGAGCGGAAGGGGAGGUGACAAUUUUGGAAUUCCAAGGGCCGGGGGUGGGGGGAGGGGGGAAGAUAAAAUAUGGAAGCCGUCCAUGGUAUGGCAUGGAUAUUUCCUGGAAUUCCAAAUUCCCAGUGGCUCACUUUUUUCCAUAGACUGUGUUGGAAUAAAAUGCUGUAUCUCUACACAUCAUUAGCGUAACUAAAUGUAAUUAUAGCUACAUGUACAACAAACAGUAAAUAUGUUGUCAGCAAGGUGCAAACAAGGAUUCAAUUAUUCCUUGCACUUCUUUAACUGUUUUGUUUUGUUUGUUUGUUUGUCUUUUCUUACCAUCAACUCUGUGUCAUCUGCCCUUUAACUAUACAGUUUAACUAUCCAAACAGGGUCUGGAAGGGUAUUUUUACAUCCAUUCACAUUAUCAACAGGUCCUAUUCUUUCUCGCAUUUUCUAGACUGACUUUUCCUUUUUAUGUCUUUCCCAACAGCUCUUUGUUAUCUGCCCUUCAACAGUCAAGUUCAACCAUUCAAACUUUAAAUUGUUGAAACAGUUUUACCCCCACUUGAGCAUGGAGGACCCCCCUGACUUGAUGUCUCUUUUCAAAGCAGACCCCGAAGAAACUUGGACUUGUAUGAGCGGUAAACAGGGGGGAGAGUACUUGGAUCCAACAUUAAGUACUGAGCACUGUGCAAGGAGAAUCAAAGAGACCUUGAAAAAUGGAUGGAGAGUUCCUGGUUGGAGGGAUGUUACUAACUGGAUUUAUUCAGAGCUUUCUCUUAAUUUGUAUCAGUAUGUACAGAACAACAGUUACUCAUAAGUUAACUUGUAGCCGUUUUGAGAUACACAAAACUAAACAAAAUAUGUCAACUGUCAAAUAUAUUUUUACACAACGUACCUAAUGUACCUAAUGUAAGUGCAGGUACGAAUGAAGUCACAGAAAAGUUGCUUUUCUUUAAAUCAUACUUUGCAGCGUGUUAAAGUGCAUGCGACAUAAUUCCUUGUUGAGAAAGUAAAGAACGCAAUAAAANAUUAUCACCAGGUCCUAUUCUUUCUCGCAUUUUCUAGACUGACUUUUCCUUUUUAUGUCUUUCCCAACAGCUCUUUGUUAUCUGCCCUUCAACAGUCAAGUUCAACCAUUCAAACUUUAAAUUGUUGAAACAGUUUUACCCCCACUUGAGCAUGGAGGACCCCCCUGACUUGAUGUCUCUUUUCAAAGCAGACCCCGAAGAAACUUGGACUUGUAUGAGCGGUAAACAGGGGGGAGAGUACUUGGAUCCAACAUUAAGUACUGAGCACUGUGCAAGGAGAAUCAAAGAGACCUUGAAAAAUGGAUGGAGAGUUCCUGGUUGGAGGGAUGUUACUAACUGGAUUUAUUCAGAGCUUUCUCUUAAUUUGUAUCAGUAUGUACAGAACAACAGUUACUCAUAA